UAUUUCCAUAUCAUUUCCAUUCGCGAGUACAGUUUUUAUGCGUAUUGACAGGACCCGUUCGUUUGACCUAACGUUCGUCGUCAUUUCCGUCUUAGAAUGAAGGAUAUAUGACCGAAAAAGAUUCUUGAAAAUUUUUAGCAAACAAGAUGGGAAUGAUAUCGGUCGCGGAAGAACUGAAGAUUCAACUCAGAGACUGGUUUAAGGAUACUCAACUAUUUGCAUAACAUUGCGAAAGAUGGAACUUUAUCUAUCUAUCAUAAAUUAAACAGAUGUUCGUGCAAAAUCAGUUAAACAUAUAACAUUAUGCUGAACGUUAUCGUUAUUAGUGAGAAUGUAGCUCGCAUCGAGUACUUUUCCGUCUUUUUACGAAAUCGCUGAAUUUCAUAUUUAUAGAUUGACCAUUAGUCGACGUUUUUCGCAAAUCUCCUGAAUUAACACGCUACGUAUCGAUGAAUUCGAUCUUCGAUAACGAGUAACAGAAAUAGAUCAAUACACGAGUGUGACAAAUAUUGGACUACUAUUAAUCGUUUACCGUGCUACAUCGACUAUUAUCACACUGCAAAUAAAAAGAAAGGUGAAAUAGUUUUGUCCGUUGCAAUAGCUGAGCAGAGUUUAGUUUAAGUGGACGAGAACGAAAGUGGCGAACGAACGUUCUCUAUCGUGAGUUAAUCCUCAAUUUCAACUUCAUCGUUUUUAGAAUGGCAGAAAACGAAACAAGAUCACUGCUCGGACAAGAAUUGAAACAACUUACGUUCGGAUGGACUGAUUACACAUUGUUCACUGGUCUCUUAGGGGUCAGCGUCCUCAUAGGGAUUUAUUUUGGCUGUUUUGGCAAGAAACAGGAUAACACUACCGAGUAUUUGCUCGGAGGGAAAACAAUGUCCUGUUUCCCAGUUAGCAUGAGUUUAAUUGCCAGUCACAUAUCGGCAGUUUCCUUGCUCGCUGUACCUGUCGAAGUAUAUCAGUAUGGUACACAAUAUGCUGCCUGCAUUUUUACAUCGAUUAUAUCGUGUGCUCUCAUUUCGCUUAUUUACUUGCCAGUAUUUUAUCAAUUACAACUGACCAGCACGUUUGAAUACCUGGAGAUGAGAUUUACGAGGCCCGUUCGGACAUUCGCCUCGUUUCUUUACACGCUUUCUUUGAUCAUUUACGUCCCUCUGAUCAUAUACGUACCAGCGUUAGCAUUUUCCCAGGCAACGUCCAUCAAUCUUCACUUGAUCACCCCGAUAAUUUGUACAGUGUGCAUAUUCUACACGACUAUCGGUGGAUUGAAAGCCGUUGUAUGGGCUGACACUGUUCAAAUGACCGUAACGUUGGGAAGUUUAUUCGCGGUAUUCAUAUUGGGUACUAUGGCUGUAGGCGGUAUAUUCGAGACUUGGAGAAUAUCGGAAGAGGGUAGCAGAAUAGUGUUUUGGAACAUGGAUCCAAGUCCGUUCGUUCGAAAUUCUUUUUGGGGCAUGUCGAUUGGUAUGUCGAUGACGUGGUUAUCGGGGCUCGGUAUCAGUCAAGUAUCGAUGCAAAGAUUUCUAGCCGUGCCGAAUAUCAAGGAAGCGCACAAGGCAAUAGCGUUUAUGGGUUUAUGUAUGGUAGGUAUAAAAUGGAUAUCCGUUUUUACCGGUCUUAUAAUGUACGCUAGAUACCAUAAAUGUGAUCCUAUAAGCACACACGUAAUUUCCAGAAGCGACCAAUUACUUCCAUAUUAUGUGUUGGACGUUGCUGCAGAUAUUCCAGGACUACCUGGUCUUUUUCUAGCCGGUCUUGUCAGCGCUGGUCUGUCGACGAUGAGUGCUAAUUUGAACACAGUUGCUGGUACAAUUUACGAGGAUUUUAUCGAUCCUUGUUUACCCGAUAGUAACGAGAAAGAGAAGAGAGCAGCGAAAAUUAUGAAGGCUAUCGUAGUGGUCGUAGGAUUAAUUUGUAUGUCGCUGGUUUUCAUCGUAGAUCGUUUAGGCGAUAUUUUUCGAGUAUCUUUGACCCUGCACGGUGUAACGAGCGGCGCGAUGUUAGGUAUAUUCACCCUGGGAAUGUUGGUACCAUGGGCAACGUCGAAAGGUGCUAUCGCUGGUGGAUUGCUUUCCAUGUUGUCCAUGGUUUGGAUCAUAGUCGGGGCUCAAGUGAACAUGAUUCAAAAACGGUUAAUUUACCCACCGCUUUCUACGUCGACCGAAGAUUGUUUAAACGCGGAGAUCGCGUCGAACCAAACGACAAUGAAUACGGGUGACAUUCUAUCGAGCGCGGACGACGAACCGUUUAUUUUGUUUACCAUAUCGUUCAUGUAUUACGCUUUGGUCGGUUUUCUGAUAUCGAUGGUGGUCGGAACGAUAGUCAGUUUUCUGUUUGGCGUUAACGAUCUAAGCGAGGUGGAUAGAAAUCAUUUUCCACCGAUAGUUCAGAGAUUUCUACCAGCGAAAAAAUACACCGAGGUUCCAAUGCAUUCGAUAUCGAACACGCUGGUGAAGAACGCAGAAAUGGAAAAGCUGAAUUUGUAAAACGAACGUAACUGCUUUUAUUCCUUCUCUCUGACGUUGUGUUCAUAGAAUACAUAAAGUCCAACUAAACGACUAUUAAUUUGUACGUUACGGCGAAAGAAAGUUUUUAAUAAAAUUAAGAACCU